AUGUAUUCAAAUAGCAAUGAAAAAAAGCUUCGAACCUUCUGUCCCGUUGUCCUUUUCCAUGAACCAAUCUGUCGACAAAAUGAAUAUGAUCUUGAUUGCGUUUCUCACCCAUGCCCAGGGGAUGAAGAAUAUAAUGAAAUGAUAAAAAACAAUAAAAAACGUGUAGAUGACAUGCUGAGUGCAAAUAGUCAAUAUUGGAGAAUUGUAAUCGAAGACUGCCGAGCAUAUGAGAAAAAUAAAAUUAUUAUCGAUCGUGACUCAAUGAUGGAUACAACACAAUCACUACCAUUACCUUCAUCAAUGCUAUCUAACUCAAUUUACAGUCACCAUCAUCUUAUUUCUCAAGACCAUCAGACUGUAGAUGGGGCUCUUAUAAAACCACCAAAAAGACGGCGUGGAAAUUUACCAAAAUCCACGACAGCCCUGUUAAAGAACUGGCUGGCCCAACACAAAAAACAUCCGUAUCCGACUGAAGAAGAGAAAUCUGCCCUCGCUAAAGAAACAAGAUUAAGCUUGCAACAAAUUUCAAAUUGGUUCAUUAACGCAAGGCGAAGGCAUCUACCUCACCUGCUUGAAUCCGACUUUGUCAACGGCAACCCGAUGAAUUCUAGGAGUAAUGAGAUUGAUAUUUAUUCGUACGAAACCUCUGAGAAUUCUGUUGAAGACAGCGCCUCGGAUAACGGCAGGUUUAUGAGACGUCAUACUGUUAAAACAUGUGCUAGAAUUCAAAAAAAGGGUUCUAUACAAAAACCCUAUAGGAGAAAACCCUCCUUAUAA